AGCUGGACUUGGAUGCUGGCUUCAUGACCGUGUUCCCCAGCGUUCCCACCUGGUGAUACCCCUUCCCUGGAAUCUGCGGGUGGCCCAGGACUUUCUGACCCACAGGAUGCAGUAGGAAUGACACCAUAUGACAUCUGAGGCCAGGUCACACAAAGCCUGGCAGCUUGGCCUGGCCUGGUGAACAUGCUCUGGAAGGAGCCAGCUGCUACGGGAGAAUCCGACUACCCUGAGACCACCAGGCUUCGGGGAAGCCCACACCAGCCACAAGGGAGGCCAGCUGGCCCUGGCUGUUCCAGCCACCCAACUGAGGGCCAGGGGUGAAGAGGCCAUCCUGGACGGUCCACCUCGUUUGGCCUUCAGACGACUCCAGCCCCAGCUGCCACCUGAUUACCACUGCAGAGAGACCCCAAGGCAGGGCUGCCUGGCUGAGCUGGGUGAUCCAUAGGCCAGGCAAUAAAGGGGCACUUUAAGGCAUUAAGCUUUGGAGUGUUUCGUUACACAGCAAUAGUGAACAAGGAUCUGGGAGUCUAUUUCAAGCCCACAUGGCCAGUCCACCCUGAGUCUGUUCCCCUGGGCCAUAGUUCAGAAAGCAGGUGCAGGUCAGGGUUCAGGGCCAGUGUGGGCCUUAGCUCCCUUGCCUCAAUAUUGUUUCCAGCCCCUGUGGAGGCCGUGGUGGCAUUUGGAGGGGGUCUUUGGAAUCCAUGCCCAAGGAAGAACUGCAGCUGCCUGGGACCCUUCCACACCCAGGAAGGACCGUCAUCAAGAACGGUGCCCAGAAGUCCUGGGACUUCAUGAAGACGCAUGACAGCGUGACCGUUCUCUUAUUCAACUCUUCUCGGAGGAGCCUGGUGUUGGUGAAGCAGUUCCGGCCAGCUGUGUAUGCGGGCGAGGUGGAGCGCCACUUCCCAGGGUCCCUAGCAGCUGUAGACCAGGACAGGCCCCGGGAGCUGCAGCCAGCCCUGCCCGGCUCAGCGGGGGUGACAGUUGAGCUGUGUGCCGGCCUUGUGGACCAGCCUGGGCUCUCGCUGGAGGAAGUGGCUUGCAAGGAGGCUUGGGAGGAGUGUGGCUACCACUUGGCCCCGUCUGAUCUGCGCCGGGUCGCCACAUACUGGUCUGGAGUGGGACUGACUGGCUCCAGACAGACCAUGUUCUACACAGAGGUGACAGACGCCCAGCGUAGUGGUCCAGGUGGGGGCCUGGCAGAGGAAGGUGAGCUCAUUGAGGUGGUGCACCUGCCGCUGGAAGGCGCCCAGGCCUUUGCAGACAACCCGGACAUCCCGAAGACCCUCGGCGUCAUCUUUGGUGUCUCGUGGUUCCUCAGCCAGGUGGCCCCCAACCUGGAUCUCCAGUGAGAUCCAGGGUUCUAGACAGAGGCCAGUCUUGGCCACUUACCCUACACUCUGCAGACCCAAUAAAGGCUUACAUAGCUCCA